GACAUUUUAAAAGAAACCGUUGAUAUUAGCGCAAGAUCUAUUACUGGGAAAGGUUUUUGCCUAAGCGAGGGGUGAGCGUGCUGAGCGUUACGAAAGGAGACCAUGUCCGAUUCGGCCUCCGAUACGCUCGAGGGUCCCUUUCAUUCCGGGAAGGGCGCUCAGUUGAUGGACGACGUUGGUGAGCUGUACGGAAGUCGGCUCCGUUCCCUCACACCGACCACGACUGGUAGUGGUCGUGCUGGUGGCGGAAGUAAGAAAGACGCUGGUUACGAGAUCGGUGGAGGUGGCCCGUUCCAGCAACAGCACCGAGAAGUGAUGUCACCGAUGGGAGAUUCGCCUGCGGGGGAAGAACAGGAGGAGGCGAUGCUGCCGACAUCGGCAGCGGAUGACCGGGAACCGGUAUCGAAUGCUGCACGGACCCGCUAUACGGCAUUUCAGCUGCUGGCACUGCGUGAUUCGAACCUUUCCAAGGUACGUCCACCCUGCAUGGAUGAUGCCAAAUCGGAAAAACACCUGAAGAUGAUUUCCAUGCUGAUACGCCGCUCCGAAACGCCCUAUGACGAUGACGGUCCGAAUGGUGGAGGCGGUGGCGCUGGCAGUAGUGGUGGGGGAUACGGACGCAACCGUUCAUCGUACGGUGGAGGCGGCACAUCAGCAGGUAUUGGUGGUUCUGCCAGUGGUGGAUCACUCGCCGGAAGCAACAAUACCACCAAUGUCACGAUGAGUCGAAAUGACAUGCGUCGUUCCGGUGGUGGCAGCGGCGGAAGUGGUGCAGGAGGUAUGGCUGAUCCAAAGGAAAGGCUGCGCAAGGAGGAAGGCAUCGUGCUGUCGCCGCAGCGUCGUUCGUUUAACAUGGGCUGUCAGAUGCCAUCUGCACCGUCAUCGUCCGGUGCAGGAAACCUGGGUCUGCCCGGUAGCUUGCUGCGUUCCGAUCGGGAUAUGCUUGGCGGUGGUGGAAGUGGAGGUGGUGGCGGCGGUGCCCGAGAGCGUAGAAUUGGCAGCGGCCGUAUUAUGACGCGUGAUAGCAUGUGGGAGUACCGGAUGGAGUCGGGUGAUUAUCGCACCGGAAGUGGUGCGAAUUCGUCGUCGUCCGGUGGUUUUCGGGACCGGGAACCGAUGCGUGACGGUAAGGAGGGAAAAGAUGGCCCGCGAGGCCGAAAUAGCGAUGGGCGCAGUCUGCAGGACAAAGAUUAUCACGACGAUGGGCGCGGCUACGAUAGGGACGCUCGGGAAUCCCGCGAGCGGCGUGAUCGAUGGGACAAAAAUGACAACGGACGUGGUCCGAUGCGAGGCUUUCACAAGGGUGGAUCGUCCGGUGGCUAUGGAGAGGGGCGCGGUGAUGGGUCGUAUUACGGAUACAACAACUACGGUUCGGGAGGAAACUAUAACUCCAACAACAGUCAUCACCAUCAUCAUCACCACCACCAUGGUGGAGGUGGUGGUAUGUCGUACAAUGAUCGUCGACGCUACAACAGCGACAACGGGCGCGACAACGAGGAACCGGAGUGGUUCAGCGAACCAACCACUCAACACGACACGAUCGAGUUGCGCGGAUUCGAUGAAACGGUGUCCGAACACGGAAGCGAAUCGGCUGGCGAAACGAACAGUGGUAAUACGAACGAUUCCGGCUCUUCUGAUCAUCAGCCCGAUCAGCAGUCCACCGAACCACAGUCCAUGAAUGAGGAAGUCGAUCCGGAGGCGGAUGAAACGCGUCACCCUGGCACAAGAACUUGCGAACAGGACAUUUUGAAGAUGAUCGAAGGAGUGGAACAAUCCGAACGACCGAAAGAUGGCGCUGUGAACGAGAAUGGCAUUCAGAAGGCAGGCGAUCAAUCGUCCCCAUCGCAGGCACCGACCGGUGACGAAUCCAUCAACGAAGAUAUGCGCCUGAUGGAGGAACUUUGCGGAUUUCGCGAUAAGGGUCUAAACGAAUAUAACGCAAUGGACAUGAUAAAGAACACUUACUCCAAUAUGCUGAAUGAUGUUAGUGGCGGUAGUCGUUUUUCACAAUUUUUCCGUCAGGAGAACGACAAGGGAAAUGCGAACGAAGGAAAAGAUACGCGCAGCCGUCAAAAUUCCCUGCAUGAAGACAUCGACAAGAUGAUGAACGAUAUAGCGACGUUUGAGGAGAACACGAAUGCAACGUCGGCCUCGUGCAAUAAGUAUUUUGCACCGAUCUCACCGGCAGCGACAUCGAACUCGUCGCAAUCAUUCCUUGAGCUGUUUAACCGUUCGGCGACGAUGAAGAACCAGCUGGACCCACAGAUGGCACAGCAACAACAGCAGCGUCAGCAACAACCGCAUCAUCAUCAACAGCAACAUCCUCAACCGAUGGAACCGAAUCAAACAUUCGAUAGGCAUGCGAUGCAGCACAUCAAACCGAUGAUGAGCGACGAACAGCAGCACAAGCAACAGUUGCACCACGAACACCAGCAGCAGUUGCAAAAUCGCAAUCUGCAGCAAAUGUUGGGUGUUACGGGUAGUAAUACAUCUGCCACACCACCGGUUGGUGAGCGUGCCCCGGUACCGCUCAUAUCCAGCCUUGGUUCCAUGCCGAGCCCGGCCAGUCUAGGCCAAGUGCACAGCGUCGUAGAGCUAGAGGCACACUUUCGCCUGUCCGAUCAGAACGGUGAUGUGGGCGGUUCUGGCACCGGCUCCAACAACGCUGGCAUGGCUGGUGGCGGCGCAGUCAGUGGUAGAGCUUCUGUGGCGAACGAAUCAUUCCCGGAACCGCUCGCUAUCGGUUCCAUCCCACGACUGAUAAUGCCAGGUAAUGAUCCGGCAAUCGGAACGAUUCAUUCGCAGGCACCACCAGCACCACCGGCACCGGAUAACGGAGCUAUACGCCAACAGGAGCUGCUCGCGUUCAAGAAGCUGCUCAAUCAGAUGAGCGAGAACCAGAUGAACGGCGUAGGACCGGUAGCACCGCCGCAACCGGUACCGCCCCCAUCCGUACCGCACCAACCCCAUCCAGCACAUCCUGCACAUGCGGCGCAUAUGGCCGCGGUUGUACAGCAUCAGAGUGGACAAGGUCCACACCAGGGCACAACAAUGUCCACACUUCCGGCCAUGCUACAGAUGAUGCACAUGGCACCGAUGCCACACCCAGGAACUGAUCAGCGCCAUACCGAAUUGCUGAAGCGUCCGGAAACGCAAAGCCUGAUGAUGGCUGUAGCGCACGGAGACGUGACCCAUCAUAGUCUCUGGCAACAACUGGCAAAUCCAGCGACCGUCCAGUCACACCGCGAAAUCAUUUCCGCCGUGCUGGGCGCUUGCAACGGUGGGUCUCGUGUCGUGUCACCCAGUUUACUUCUCAAUCCAAACAGUAUUCAACCGCCGAUGCCAAUGCCGAUUCCACCACCGCCCGCUCCUGCCGGUGCCAACGCGAAUCUGCUGUUUCAUCCCAAGCAGCAGGUACGCCUUUCGCCUCUGCCCAACGGGAUGCCGCAGCGAAUUCCGUCGCCCCGUGAGCUGCAGUACCACACGCAGUCCAUCCUGCAGAACGCACUGAUAAGGAAAAAGCUGGAGGAGCAGCGUGAAAACUAUCGCAAAAGACAGGAGCAGCAGCAACAGCAGCAGCAACAACAACAGCAGCCGCAACAACAACCACCGGUGCAACAGCAGCAGCAACAACAACCAACACAAGCGCAGCAACCACAAUCACAAUCUCAACCACAAGCACAACAGCAGCAACAAGCUCAACAGUCGGAGCAGGCACAGCAGGAAUUGCAUGCGAAAAUGAAGGAACAGACACCACCGUCGCAACCUAUGCAAAAUUUCCCCCAUCUACCACAGCCGGAACAGGAGCAAGUGAUGCAACAUCAUCCACCAGGGCCGGUGGAAUCGGCACAGGAGCCGCGCCAACAUUCCAACGUUCCAAGUGACCAACAGCAACAGGCACCACAGCAAUCGACACCGUCGCAGGGACAGCCAGGUGCAGCAAAUGCUGCAGAAACGGUUGCAAUGGUGUCGCCAUCCACCGUAAUGCUGAAAGGUGGCCCAGGGCGUAUGAUAAGCUGCUCUACCGCGAACUCUGUCUCGCCAUCGAAGCAAAACGUUAUGCAAACGCAACAAGUAGCUUCAUCACCGACGCCGCUAGCAUUCACUCCCACGUCCGUGCUGCGCAAAAUGACUGCGGCCCAAGAUAAAGAAGCAGACGGUGCGAUGCCGCACCAUAUGCAGCAGCUGCCACCCCAGCAACAACAGCAAGGGCCUUUACCCCAGCAACUGCCAUUACCUGCCCAUCAGCAGAUGAUGUUGAACGAACAGCAGCAACACAUGCCACCGCACGUCGACGCGGGCCGGAUGGGGGUUAAUAUAUCUGCGCUGCUCGAAAUGCAACAUCAGCAGUAUAUGAAGCAGCAGAUGCAUAUGCAGCAGCAGAAAGCGCCGUUCCCCUUGCAUCCACAUCCUGGUCAGCAUCCAGUGAUGCAUCCAAUGCAACCCCCGCAACCAGGGGCACAGCAGCAGCAACCACAAACGGGACCCGGAUUCCCAACCGAAUCUCAACCACCACAGACGGAUCAUCAACAGCAGCAGCAACAGCGUAACUUGGCUGGCCAACCGUCACCGUUUGGGCCGCAAGGAGGUGGGCCUCAUCCACCGCCGUUGAAUAUGAUACACCACCACGGACCGGGGAUUACACAGAACCAUCUACCGGUCGUGGCGGCGAUCAUGAAUCCAAUGAAUUCGAUCCCGUCGUCAGUGGUUGGUGCGAUGCGGGGCAUGCAGCCAGCGAUGGCCAACAACAUUCCGUGGAAUCUAAAACAGUUGCAGCAACAACAACCACAAACGAAUGUAUCGCAAACACAACAAUCACAACCGGGUGGUGGUGGUGGUGGUGGUGGGCAACAACUUUUACCACCACAGCUUGCUCAACAGCAGCAGCAGCAGCAGCAGCAAAACCAACAGCAGCAACCCCAACAGCAACAACCACCACAGCAGCAACAACAGCACAUUGCUAUGCCGAAACCGCAAGGCAGACCCAUCUUGAAAGGAGGUAGUGGAAACGGCGGCCAGGUUCCGCAACCGUUGCACCAACAGCAACAACAACAGCAGCAACAGCAAAUGCCGCUGGUACAUUCACUACCACAGCAUGGUCUUUCGCCAAUGACGGGUGCGAUGAACUUUCCCGGCAACAUGGAUUUCCAGCAACAACCGUUCAACAACAACCGUAGCGGUAAUCCGAUUCUGGGUGCGCAUCACCCAAUAUCACAACCACCAUUGGCAUCGCAGCAAGGUCAGCAACAGCAGCAGCAGCAGCAGCAGCAACAGCAACCUCAACAGCAACCGCAGCAGCAGCAUUCGCCCAAUAUUAUCAGUCCCCAUAUGCAGCAAUUGUUGCAUCAACAACGUCAUCAACAGCAACAACAGCGUGCUAUCCGUAAUCAGCACGUACAGCAGCAUAUGACAAUGGCCCCACAGCAAGCGUUCCGGCUUCCCAACAUGUCCGUUAGUGGCCAACAGCAGCAGCAACAACAACAGCAGCAAUUGCAGCAGAACGCAUCAGUCAACCCACCUCCUUCCGGUGGUGUAAUUAACUACAACCGUGACGGUGGGCUAUCGCCGACCAGCAACCAGCUGGCGCGCUGGUUCUCACCCGAGCUGCUUGCCCAAGCCUCGGCAGGUAAGCUUCCGUCGCUUAACGCCGGCCAGGCGAUGAGCCUGGAGGAGUUCGAACGCAACAUUCAACACACAUCGACCACUGUACAUAACUAAGCCUGUGUGUGUGGUUUGGGCACACACCAGAGCAAAAUGAGGGACGGACGCGUAUUGCACGAGCAUGUGCUAUUGAAGUAAGCGAGAACUUUUUUUUAUUUGGUAUUUAUAUUACUAUUAUUUUUUUGUAAUUUUAAAUCUUGCAUUGAGCAUGUAGCUAUAUGUGACAGGUUAUCGUGGAUGAUACACACAGCGUCACAUACAGUGAUAGGCUGAAACAAAUUCAUGUUGUGUACUGCCACGGAAAUUGUAGGUAGUGGAAGAUGAUAAGAGAUAACAACAAACGAAACGUUCGUUACAGUCCGUAUAGCAUGGGAAGGAUUGCAAACAUUCUGCAUGCCAAAUGGCAAAACGUUGGAAGCGUAUAACGAUUCUUUUUUGUGUCUUUUCGGUAUGCAUUGUCUGGGGGAAGAUUUUAUUGGAAUUGUUAAACGAAAUAAUUCUCACGGAGGGUAGAACCAUACGAUAAAUAGCAGAACAACACACACACACAUCAAAUUCUAAGGCCUAGUAUGGUCAAAUUAAUUUUCUCUCUCCAGUACUUUAAAGAUGGAUUUGUUUUACCAUUCAACGAUAUUAGCACAGAAAAAAUUGUGUUUUAAACAUAUCUGGCGUUUGUGCGCUAUAACGCUUUACAUUUUAUGUCUCCAGAUACCUUUUUUCAUAAAAAAAUCUUUAAUUCAUUUCAUUUCUCAUCCAGACGUUUCUUUUGGGUUUUUAUUCUUCUAUUUGUCGUUUCAAAAGAGGUGACAGGAGCAUCCUGCGAUCGGUUUUAUCCUGUUGUUUUAUUCCUCUUGUCUGUCGCUUUUUUCCCCCUAGCGAUAUCUGAUAGGUCGCUGGGGACAUUUUACUCAAUGUUGUAGCGUUCCCUACAAAAACAAUUUGUACAAUUUAUGUAUUCCUGGAGCGAGUAACAGCUGACGUGACAGUAACUACUCACCACACACUGCGAAAAAGGCGAGCUUAGAUUGUGAUUGAUUUGUCCAGCAGUUGAAACUAAUUUAUUAUCCAACAUUUGAAACAAUAACUAAAACAUUUUUUGGGUGGUGACGUUAUCAUAACAACUUUUUUUUAAUUUUGAAUGUGUUUCCCGUUGUUUGUGGGAGACGGUCCAGCUGUCGAAUUUUGUUAGUAGUUUGUCACUCUUUACGAGAAAGCAUCCAAUUAUUUCGCUGUCCUUGCUAUUAGUGUGUGUGUGUGUCAUGCGGCAAGAAAGAUUGUAUAUUGGGGUUAUAUACACGGGAUGUUUAAAAAAAAAGUCUAGGAUGCUUGUUCUAGUCUAGAGGCUGACAUCUAAAAGCGAUAUAUUAGGCGACCCCGAUUGGUUAAGUGCUGAUCACAUCACGCGUUUCAUGGGUUCGAAUCUGAGGUAAAUUCGGAACCACCCGUUAUGCAAGUCGUUAUUGACUAUACGACUUAAUGGUAUAAAUUGCGUAAACCGGUUUAGGCAACCCUGCGUCUCGCGCUCUUGCUAGGUUUGUGGUAUACGAUAGCAUUUUCCAUGUAUGUUGAACACGUUCAAUUCGUAUGGUGCAUUAGGCAGAACGUUCGUAAAGAGAUUAAUGUUUGGUUGUUUGCUGGUUGAUUGAACGACUGAAGGCAAGAAGUCGCUACACAGCUACAAAAUCCAUCUCGUAAACCGUUGCGUAGCGUCCUAGAAUAUAUUAGGGUCCGGUGAGUGUAUCCAGUCCUUUUAGUCCGUCCAGAAAAGGCCAAGGACAAGCACGGCAGACCUCUGGGUCACGAGAUGGUUCAAUGGCAUCGAUUCGUUCACUAGAAGGACCCAGGAUAUAGUUUAAAGGAAACGACAAGAGACUACAAUCGUUUUCGAGCACUCUUCCUGCAAUUCGCAACACAGUUUUAUUCCAACAAUGUUGUUUUGAUUUAUGUUUUUGUGGAAUGGUCAAUUCAAUUGCAUUAUUGUAAGAUAAUUCAACAUCUUAGUGUACUGGAA